AUGGGAUUACUCCAUCUCACUGUUUCUCUAGCCGUGCAAGGUGUGAUUGUCACAUCCGCCAUCUGCUUUACAUCCCGGUAUUCCCUCUGGCGGGCCGCAGCUGUUCCCUUAGUGGCCUUCACUACCUAUCAGGCAUGGCUGGCUCUGGACCUUUUCGACAACAAUCAGCUCGUCAACCCCAUGACUGCGGCUUUUGUCGUCGGGUUCGGCCUACAGCAUUUUAACCUGCUGUGCGUGGCUCGUAUCGAUGCCGAGGAGAUCAAACACCAGAUCCAGCGCCAGACCGUCACCAAGGGCGCAGAGACGGCUGUCUCCACAUGGACCUGUCUUCGUUGGACAUGCUACCUGCUCACCACCCUCCGUGGCAUCGACACCCCUUAUCAGGUCAAAGCCAUACCGCGCGGGAAUAAAGCUUCAGCUUCCCGGGUCGGCUUCCUCGUGCGCACGCUGCUGAUCAUUGGUGCAAAGUACCUGGUGCUCGAUCUCAUGACGGUUUCGCCCGCGUCCAAGGAUGACUCGAUACGUUAUUUUGGGCCUGGGAGAGAGUAUCUUGUUCUUCGGCCAAACGGUCUCCCGCCCGCCACUCUGCAAGAAGUUCUCAUCCACCUUGGGGUUGCGUUCCUCGGCUGGGGGCCAAUCGGCAGCUGGUUCAUCGACGUUCACUACCGUGUUCUUGCCGUGGUUUCUGUUGGACUGGGGGUAUCCUCACCUCAUCAGUGGCCCGCGCUCUUUGGUUCCAUAACGGAUACUUACACCCUGCGAGGGUUCUGGGGCGGCUUCUGGCAUCAGAGCUUUCGCUGGCCAAUGCAGAGUAUCGCCUCUUGCGUCUGUCGAGAUCUUCUGCGAUUGCCCCGUCCUUCCCUCGUCGAACGGUAUCUGAAUGUCACAUGUGUUUUUGCCAUCUCCGCUUUUCUGCACAUCACCAUUGACGGACGGGCCGACAUCUGGCUCCCUCAUAGCGGCGCUCUACGCUGCUUCCUGGUCCAGCCGCUGGGCAUCAUGCUGGAGGACGCUGUGCAGGAGGCGUUCCGGCGUUUCAGAGGCGGCCCCAAUCAUCACACUACGAUCUGGACAAGAUUGAUCGGGUAUCUCUGGGUCUGGGGAUUCCUCACGCUGCUGGCUCCGCUCUACAAUUUUCCUCUAUUUCGGUACCAGGAUCCGACCAAGAAUGGGGUUCCGUUCUCGGUCAUCAAGUUCGCUCGCGCGCUGUCUGGGGAGUAA